ACAUUUGCUCGAGUGAGAAGAUGACGCAGACGGGCGAUGGAAACGUUUGGUCCACAACCCCAGUUAAUCACAUCAGUCAAUUCCAGGCGGAGUUAGGGACGAGCGAAGCGAUGACUUGCCAGGAACUGCUGGCACUCAGCGGCGCCCUGGGCGCAGCACUGCCAACCGGCCAAUUGGGACGUGAUACUUUUCUCAAUUCACUUGCCAAAGGAAUUACCGAGCGAAGUAAUUUCCGCGACGAUAGAGGCCCGAGUCUCGAUGAUGCGGAAAUUUGUCCAUGCUCGUGUGACAUACCCGAGGCAUCGCAGUGCCCGGAUAAUGGAGAGACUGAGGGGCAAGAGCUCUCACAAGUGAAAAGAUUCUUCAUUACAUCCGGCAAUUGUUGUAUAUCUGGGCUCACCUGCGCUCGCAGUUGGAUACAAAAAUUAGUUGAGCACAAGUACUUUCAGCAGGGUAUACUCCUGGCAAUUCUCAUCAAUACCCUCAGUAUGGGAAUCGAAUAUCAUAAUCAGCCGGAACAAUUGACACUGAUAGUGGAGAUAAGUAACACCGUUUUCUCGGCUGUAUUUGCCGUGGAAAUGUUGCUUAAAGUCAUAGCCGAGGGACCCUUUGGAUACAUCUCGAAUGGCUUUAACGUCUUUGAUGGUAUCGUCGUUAUACUUAGUGUCGUCGAGCUUUGUCAAUCACUCACUGCUGAACGUGGUGGUAGUUCAGGCUUGAGUGUACUGCGUACAUUUCGCCUUCUGAGAAUCCUCAAACUCGUGCGUUUUAUGCCAAAUUUACGACGUCAAUUAUUCGUUAUGCUACGUACAAUGGACAAUGUUGCGGUAUUCUUUUCCCUCCUCGUUCUCUUCAUCUUUAUAUUCAGUAUUCUCGGGAUGAACCUGUUCGGUUGCAAAUUCCGUGAAACGAUGAAAGGCAGCUCUGACGUCGAGUGCGAUAGAAAAAACUUUGACUCGUUACUGUGGGCAAUAGUGACAGUGUUUCAGAUACUUACACAGGAGGACUGGAAUGUUGUGCUAUUCAAUGGGAUGCAGAAGACAUCUCACUGGGCUGCACUCUACUUUGUCGCACUAAUGACAUUUGGCAAUUAUGUUCUGUUCAAUUUGCUCGUUGCCAUUCUUGUCGAGGGUUUUUCUUCCGAGAGAAAUGAACGACGUGAAAGGGAACAAAGGGAAAUGGCAAAGCUCGCUGCGAAGGAGUCUGGUAUUGGCAGUGACGAGGGAUCUAGCUCGAGACUGUCAGGGUCACACUCGAUAACCGACAGUGACACCUACACCCCUCAAGAGCGCAAGAAUUCGUGGCAAAGUGUCGACGAUCUUCGAAAAUUCAAGGAUAACUACAGACGGGACAAGCAUAAUCGCAUGUGGAGGAAGGCGGCUAUCGAGGAGCUCAAGUGUAACAUACAGAAAGAGAAUAAAAUGAUGGGGGUCGCGGGUCAACCACCCACGAUAACUCACACUGCGGCGACGCCCCAGGAUUCUCCGAAUACCACAUUGGACACUGGUUACAGAGACAUUAAUUACCGGGCCAUUUAUCCGAUUAAUUUGUCAAUCGAAUCCAUUGAUCGAUCUAGUAGUCAGUGCAGCAUAACAUCAGGAUUCCUUAAGCCCCCGGACAACAACAACCACAAGUAUGCAACAAACAAUCUGGUGGGAAGCCAGACAUCGAGACGAAUGAGCCCUGGUAUAUCGACAUUCCCGAAUUCCUCGCCAUCCCGUGAAUUAUCAAACACGAGUCCACCAAGAAUACGCAGGGGAUAUUCCUGGCGUCUGUCACGGCCAUCAAUCUGUCGUAAACGGUGGUCACAGAGUGAUGAGGACCCAGCACAAGCCACUAUUUUGAACAAUGGUCGUAGCACGAGUGGAUCGAAUUUUGGAUUGUGCACCGGUGAAUACAUGGGUUACAACGGUGGAUACCUCCACGGUUCAAUACGCAAUGACACGCAGAGAGAUGCACCCAACAACCGUGCUACCAUGAUUGCGACCCACAAUCGUAGCCUCAGCCCUAACAAUUCUAUCAGGAGUCAUAGCUCGUCAAUAGGGCAUUGUUAUACGACUUCUCAUCAGAUGAGAUGGAUUGACGAUUUAUCCCGAAGAAAUUCACUUCGCAGCUAUGACAUUGUUCAGGCUCACAAAGUUUUGCCCUACGAGGAUAUUCCAUCCAGUACAACACCACGAACAAUCAAUAAUUUGACAAUUGAUACGGGUGCAUUACCGCGCAUUAAAAGAGUACAAGAUGAUACCGAGAACGAUAGAUACUCAUCGCACAGUGAACAAACACCCCCCUCAAACGGUGGUGGUAGUGCAAGCAGUGUUGAGAGAAUUAAAAAAAUCUUCAUGUUUUUCGAGCCAAAGGGCUGUAUGAAAGAGCGAGACGAAUACUCAUUGUACAUAUUUUCACCAAACAAUAGAUUUCGUAUGUGGUGUACAUGGUUUGUCGAUAGAAAAUGGUUUGACAAUGUUGUACUUGCAUUUAUCGGAUUAAAUUGCAUAACACUUGCUAUGGAACGCCCUACAAUAACAUCAGACAGUCGUGAGAGGGCAUUUCUUGCCACUGCCAAUUAUGUAUUCACCGUUGUAUUUGCAAUCGAGAUGUUUGUUAAGGUGGUGGCCUCGGGGAUGCUGUACGGUCCAGACGCCUAUUUUACCUCUGGCUGGAACAUAAUGGACGGCUCCCUCGUUAUAAUAUCAAUCGUUGACUUGUUGAUGUCCUUAAUAUCGUCCAGCAGUCCACGGAUAUUUGGAAUACUACGUGUAUUUCGUCUACUGAGAUCACUGAGGCCUCUACGAGUUAUAAAUCGUGCACCUGGUCUCAAACUAGUGGUGCAAACGUUGUUAUCAUCCCUGAGGCCAAUUGGCAAUAUCGUUCUAAUAUGCUGCACAUUCUUCAUAAUAUUUGGUAUACUCGGUGUGCAGCUAUUCAAAGGGGCCUUUUUUUACUGCGACGGUCCUGAUAUUAAAGAUGUACACAAUAAAACAGACUGCUUGAAGGAUAAGAGAAACGUAUGGGUGAAUAGAAAGUACAAUUUUGAUGAUCUCGGUAAAGCUCUUAUGUCACUCUUCGUAUUAUCAUCGAGAGACGGUUGGGUUAAUAUAAUGUACACAGGAUUGGAUGCUGUUGGUGUUGAUCAACAGCCUGAGGAGAACUACUCGGAGUGGCGUUUGUUGUAUUUCAUAGCAUUUAUUUUGCUCGUUGGUUUCUUCGUUUUGAACAUGUUUGUUGGUGUUGUUGUUGAAAAUUUUCAUCGUUGCCGUGAGGAGCAGGAGAAGGAGGAGCGGGUACGCAGAGCCGCCAAGAGGGCACUGCAGAUGGAAAAGAAGAGGCGUAAAAUGCAUCAACCACCUUAUUAUCAAAACUACUCGAAGCCGAGACUACUGGUGCACAAUGUUGUAACAUCAAAGUAUUUUGAUCUUGCAAUAGCCGCUGUUAUUGGAUUAAAUGUUGUAACAAUGGCCAUGGAAUUUUAUAUGAUGCCAAAAGCACUGACAUAUGCAUUGAAAAUAUUUAAUUACUUCUUCACUGCUGUAUUCAUUCUCGAAUCUAUGAUGAAAGUACUUGCAUUGGGAAUUAAAUUGUACAUGAAGGACAGAUGGAAUCAGCUUGACAUUGGUAUUGUUAUUCUAUCGGUUGUUGGAAUUGUACUUGAGGAGCUUGAGUCCAAGAUAAUACCGAUAAAUCCAACAAUUAUUCGUGUUAUGCGGGUCUUGCGUAUUGCAAGAGUUCUGAAACUACUGAAGAUGGCAAAGGGAAUAAGAGCUCUGUUAGACACGGUGAUGCAGGCAUUGCCGCAGGUGGGGAAUUUGGGUCUCUUAUUCUUCCUCUUGUUCUUCAUAUUUGCAGCGCUGGGGGUGGAGCUGUUUGGUAGACUCGAGUGCAGCGAUGAACUACCGUGUCAGGGUCUCGGUGAGCAUGCGCACUUCAGUAACUUUGGCAUGGCCUUUUUGACCCUCUUCAGGGUAGCAACCGGUGACAAUUGGAAUGGCAUCAUGAAGGACACACUACGUGAUGAUUGUGACGAUUCCACAGACUGUGUCAAGAACUGCUGUGUCAGUACAAUAAUAGCGCCGAUUUUCUUCGUUAUUUUUGUUCUCAUGGCACAAUUUGUUCUUGUUAAUGUUGUGGUUGCGGUAUUGAUGAAACACCUCGAGGAGAGCCACAAGCAUCUCGAGGAUGAGCUCGACAUGGAGAUGCAGUUGGAGCGAGAAUUGGCGGCUGAACAGCAGGAGUUGCUUGAGCGAGCCGAGGCCGAGGAGGAGGAGAACGAGAGACAAGAGUUGGCGGCUGAAUUGGGAUUGGACGCUGGUGAUGAGGAUCUCCUCGAGAAACUACGGCUGAAUGGCCUCGACAGAUUGCGAAAGUACGACGACUUGGCUGACAAACGUAUUCGUGAAUUUCAUGGUGAAUACCUCAAGGAGAGAUUACGACCAGGCCUCUCGAAAGUUCGAUCUUUACCAUCCAACUUCAUCUACAAUCCACCAACAGAGAGACAACUCCACACAGACGACUCGUCUAGCUCGACAACGCGUAGGAGCAAUCGUCGAAGACGCAGCUCAUCGUAUCGUGGUGUUAAACAGUCGAGAAUGAAUCUCAAACGUCGUCAAACAUUCCAUUCGCAGCAGCGUGGCCCACUGCUGCCGAGCGUGACGCACUUUGAAAUAGCUGAGAUACCGAGACCCGUGAACAAUCUCUCGAUACCACGAAUUAUUCCCCAGAGGAGUCCAUCGCCCCACGAAAGCAAAUAUCUUCGUCCCGAGGUGGAGCAGGACGGCGAGAGAGUGUGCCUGGGUAUCGAGGUGAAGACGAUAGGGAGGAGGCCAUUCGAUGAGACACCACAGACAGCUGACACGAGUCUAAGUGUACCAACAAAAUCCACAAAUUACUUAUUAACCGUUGUUGACAGCCCCGACAGUCUGCGUUACGGGGCGAAAAGCCGCAGGCCGGAUGUGACUAAGGAUGAACCACUUGGGAGACUCGAGCCACCCGAAGAUCUCGACGUUCACUCUGUAAUUAACGAGAGGAGACCGUCCAAAUUCAAGAUCACCAGUGAUUACACUAAGACAUACACUGAUAAUGAUAAUGAACAGUUCUCGUCGUCUCAGGGUACUAAUAUCGAUGAGUUAUAUGUUGCAACGAGUGUUAGGGAUGAUGGGGUGAAUGAUAAUUCAGCUGGUACAAGUGAUUUAGAUAUAACUGAAGUUAAUAAAGUUAUUUGCACACCCGUUAGAGAUCUAGAGGCUGAAGUUAAUAUUUAUGUUGAUGAGGAUGUUGAUGAUAGUUCAUCGGGUAGCUCUGGUGAGCAUGGUAAAAGUAUAAGUAUCAUUGUCGAUCCAAGUGCUUAUUUAGAGACAAGCACUGGUGUUGUUGAUGAAUCAUCGCAGAUUGAUGAUGUUAUUAAUGAAAUAAGAAGUAAAUUUGACGCGUGAAACAUAAUUGAAUAUCGGUGUGUACGAGUACUACUCGUUAGUCGGUGAUAAAUCUUCCAUAGUCUGUUUAUAAAAAAAUGAAUAUGAAGAAUUAAUUUGUAUUAGAGUUUAAUGAUGAGUCAUAUAUAGGUGAUUACAUAGGUGAUAGGUAGGUAAUUGUACACGUUAACGUGGGAGUUAUUGUAUGUGUGCUGCCUCAAGUAAACAUUUAAUUGAUGAACUUUACUGUGCGAUUUGGUGGAAUAUAAAACAAUGACACGAGAGAUGCGUAGUGCAUGACAAUAUAGACGUCGUUGUGAAAUGAGAAAAACAAAAACCUCUUCGUUCGUGUAGAAUUCCUCGAUUUUUCUCGUCUCGGGUGGUGAUGGAAUUGAGAGGAUAUUCCAGGGUGAACUAAAAUCGCGAUGUUCUGACCAAUGCUUGAGGGUGUCUUUUUUUCUUAUAGAAAACAAACAAACAAAUGUAGUGGGAACUUAGUUUCAAGUGGACAAAAAUACGUAGAGGACAAUCAGAGAGGGUGAGCUUGACAAAUGAUGUUGAUUCCUCGUUAAUCAAGAGUCAAAAAAAUGUGAGAAGGGGGAGAAACAUUGAAAUGUAAGUGUUAACACACUUCUUGUACUGCGUAUACCGUAUGCGCCCUGUGACUCGCAUGUAAUGAUCAAUAUGUUGCAUUGGGAAAAAUAACGUAAACUCGAAAUCAAUGGAGAAUUGUAUUAUUCUAAUAUUUCCACAGUGCUCUGCCAUUAAAACAAACCAUUGACAAUCUUCUCUCAUUAUUCACGAGCUAAAUGUCAUGUUCCUCUUUUACACAUGACACUCGUUGAAUUUACGUAGGAAUUGCUAGAUUAAAUAACUAUUGACUUUUGUUUUUAACGGAAUAACAAAAUUUCGGGGAUGAACUGGAGGCAAUUGUCCUUCAUCGUCCAGCGAAAUGAGAAAAUCAAUUGUUCCAUUGUAACUAAAAUAAUAAAAAAACUAUUUUCAGCUUCUUUCGGAACAUUUAGAAACGUUUCUCAUUAAGAUCUGUGAUAUAUAUUUCAAUCAUAGAGUAUUUCCUGAAAAAAAGAUACUAAAAAAAAUAUGGACAAAAAAUAUGUCAAAGUGCAGCCGAAAAACUGAAAACUGUUGGAGGAGUCAUUAAUAGUAAACUUUACAAAUAAAGGUAAGAAGUUGGUGAAUUGAUGAAACAAAAAUAAUGAAAAUAAACGUGAGAAUAAAUAUGUUGAAAACCAAAAAAAGCAAUAUAGACAAUUCUACAAUUGUACAUAGAAUAUUCUAUCUACACUCGAUGUGCAGGUUUAUUUUGAUACUACAAAGGUAUAGAUAAUUAAUAUAUUGUAUUGGAGUAUGAAACUGUAUGCCUUCGCGUUCGUUGGCGAGCGUUCGCACGGUGACGGUGUCGCAAAGUUCUAAAGGAAAAUAAAUUGCCUGGACAAUCUGGAAUAAAUUGUACUGGGGAUUGACGUUCUCUUUUUACGCCAUUCCCCGCACUUUUUCCUCCUCCAUAUGAGACUCUCUGGGCACCGUGGCCGUUUCUUCAAUGCUCUUUGCGCUUACAAGUCACAAUUCGGUGAUGGAGUGGUACACAACAGAGAGAAUUAUCGAGUUCAUGAGUGAUUUUAUGCGGAGAGAAAAAGGAGGAAAAAUUGUGCAGAAAUGUAAAUUGAUAAAAGAUUCGUUUAGGGAAGAAAAUUUUAUGUUUUGUCAAGUGAGAGAAUGACUGUUGUGGGAGCAAUAAUUGCCUCUCUUCAUACAGGAAAAUUUUCUACAUGAGUUCUAUCAUCUUUCCUCAAUUCCUAAAAAAUUGUUGAAUUUUUAGGGCCGAUUUUUAUUUUUGAAUAGUAAGGAAUGAAUAUUAAUUCACAGAGAAAUUUUGUAUUUUCUGAGGUAAGAGAUGUGCCGCUGGUCGGGAUUUCUCAGGCGAAAUGAAGGGCUCAUUUGCGUUCUCUGGAGAAAUUUUUUAAGAAAUUCUGAAGUGUUUUUACAUGAUAGCCAGUCAAUUAUUCGGAGCGAACGAAGACAAACCGCAAUAGAAAGGGACUAAAACGGAAUUGCUUUUCAUGAUUAUUUGAGUUUUUCAGUAAUUCUUCCUCAACGUUUUUCUCUUGUAAAAUCACUCACUAUCGAAAUAAUCUUGUACGCAACACGAUCAAGUUUUGCCACUUUAUCACAGAAUUCAUUGAAUCAAUGUGCAUUCAAUAAUAACUUGUGAUUUUUGGGCGCGACGACAUCGCCGCGCCGAUUUAGUGUAAGUCCCUUCCCCCUUUCCCUAUUAGUCCUGACUUUCUACUUCUUUUAGGAACAAAAAAACCUGCACCCUUCGUAAACUCUAAAGAGAAAGGAAAAGAUAAACAUCUACAUUUUCCAAAUCCCCAUUUUCCUCACGAGAAACUCAAUAAAGUGGAAUUAGAGAGAAACCAAGAAAUGAAUAGCCUUCUCCAGACCCGAAUUCGUACAUGAGAAGAAACGAUAUGCGUGGUACUCGUAAAAUUGAAUUAAAUUUAAGUUUAGGAAAGAAAAUGUGACGAGAGAAAACCACUGUAGAUAAUGUGCCACACCCCUGUUUUAUUUAUUACAGUGAAAAAAUAUGAAAUGGGAAGCACCAAAAUGUGUAUUUGCGGGUGCAUAAAAAGAAGUCUAAUGAAUAAGUAAUUAUAUUGAUGCAAUCGAAUGUACGAUGUUGCCGGGUGAAUGUGAGAGAGAGAGAGAGAUCGAGAUUAAUAAAUUAACGGGAACAGCGCCCUAGUGUAUAGCGUAUACAAUAAAAAAUAUUUAAAAAAUCUAGAGACGAAAUAUUGGAUCUUAAAGGGGCAAACAAUGUACGUGAGUAAUAAAUUGAGUGAUGAAAUUACCCGUUAAA